AUGGCCAUAGGUGAUACCCCUCCUUCCCCUCCUCCUCCUCCUCCUCCUCCUUCUCCCUCAAACACAUUCCAUCCAGCCUUCACCGUUCACAUCAAAAACCUCAUGAGCGUUACUCUCGACCAAGAAGAAGCCCAAUAUGCUACAUGGGCAGAGCUUUUUCAAUGUCAAACGUGUGCUUACAACCUUCAAAACCACAUUGACUCUAAGGUUUCUCGACCGGCGGGAAUUGAUGAUGAAACUUGGAAGAGACUUGAUGCAAUUGUAAAAAAUUGGAUCUAUGGAACCAUUUCUAAGGACCUAGUCCAAACUAUAAUUAAGCCGGGUGCCACCGCUCUAGAACUAUGGACCCGUCUCGAGGAGAUUUUUCAUGAUAACAAGCAUACUUGGGCUGUUUACCUAGAGGAACAAUUCGCUAACGCGAAACUCGAGCACUAUGCAAACAUGAGUGAUCAUUGUAAGCACAUCAAGCUUCUUGCGGAUCAAUUAGCUAAUGUUGAUUGCCCGGUCUCCGAUCGAAAGAUGGUUAUGCAAUUGAUUGCUGGACUCACCGAGGGAGAAUACGACACCGUGGCUGCCAUAGUGUCACAAUCCGAACCAACACCGAGCUUCAACAAGGCAAGGUCCAUGUUCUUAUUGGAGGAAACUAGAAAGAACAAGCAAAAAGACCAAGGUCAAGCUUUUGUGGCCCAAAUCUCGCAAGCCCAACCGUCAACCACCACCUAG